AUAAUCUCCCAUCUUUCUCACCAUAUCCUCUUCUUCCUUUUGAUCUUUUUGAUUUGUUAAUCCAAUUUUGUAUAUAUAUGAACAUGUCAUUCAUCUUUAUUAAGAUCUCAUCCUGAGGAUCUGAAAGAGCAGAUUUAACCUCUUUUCGGUGGUCAACUUGUUCACAUCUCUUGCGAUCUCACCGGCGCCCUUUGCCGAGGCCAUGCGGAAAGGAAGAGGAACCGCAGCGGCAACGGUAACGGCAACGGCAACGGCGGCGGCGGGGACUAUCGGAUCAGGGGGAGGAGGAGGAGGGACAAGAAACAUCGGAAAGGAGAUGAGAUUCAGAGGCGUACGGAAGAGACCGUGGGGUAGAUUCGCAGCGGAGAUCAGAGACCCUUGGAAGAAGACACGUGUUUGGCUCGGUACCUUUGAUUCAGCCGAAGACGCCGCUCGUGCUUACGAUGCCGCCGCUCGCACCCUCCGUGGUCCGAAGGCUAAGACCAACUUCCCUCUCGACCCUUUCUCUUCAACCCCUCCUCCGCCUCCUCCUACGGGUGACCCUCCUCCUGCUUCCGCUGGUGCUCCCCUUCACCUUUCCUUUCGAUAUAACAGCCCCAACGACCUUAACUACCCUCACCAGCAUCAACAGCCUCCUCUGCCUCAGAGGCCUACGACUAGCAGUCUAAGCAGCACCGUCGAGUCCUUUAGCGGGCCCAAGUUAUCGUCGUCCACUCCGACUCCGGUUGUUGUUGCCAGGUCGCACCACCGCCGGCGGCAUCCUCCCUCACCGCCUGUCCUCCCUGACGAUUGCCACAGCGACUGUGACUCUUCUUCAUCGGUUAUUGACGAUGUUGAUAUUGCCUCUUCCUCCUGCCGCAGACCCUUGCCUUUCGAUCUCAAUCUCAUGCCCUUGGAUGAUGUUGACGUCGCCGGUGACGAUUUCCAGAGAACGGCUUUAUGCCUUUGAUUGAUGCUUCCAAGGAUUUCUGCAUCAUCUGGGUUGGCUUCAAUUCUUUAUCUUUCUUUUUUUUUUUUUUUUUUCCAGCUCUGCUGAUCUCUCUUUCUUAUCUCUUACUUAAUAGAGAAAGAUAGGAAAUGAGAUAAUAGUUUAUCUUGCCAAUGCAUCUUUCGCUUGGUCGGGGGAAUUGAUCAGGAUUGGGUUCCUCCCCCUCUUCCCCUCUCCCCCCCCCCCCCCCUUUUUUUUUCCUUUCCCUCUUUUUCGAUUUUUCCCCAGUUUUUUCUUUGCUAGAUUUUAUGUGAAUUAUUAGUGUAUGAGCUUCUCCGAUCUGGGGCUUUCUUCAACUUCAUGGGCUUAAAAGCUGGUGUGUAUUGUUGACGUUUAGGUCAUGGUGGGGGGAGAUCAGAUCUGGCCUGGAGUUUUGGUCUGCUUGAUCUAUCUUACCCAUCUUUUGUACAAAAGAAAAAAGAGAAAAAUCUAAUUCAAUGAAUGAGAUAGAGAAAUUUGAAUC